AUGCUGUCGGGACCAAAAAAGGGCUUGCGAACAUUGGAACUAUGCGUUGAUAACUUGCAGCCUGACUUUUUAUAUGAUCACAUACAACCAGUGAGAGCAGCAUUGAUGCAAGCUUUGUGGAAAACCUUAAGAAAUCAGGACAAUGCCGCAUUAGUUGCGUUUCGCGUUCUUGGGAAAUUUGGAGGUGGAAAUCGAAAAAUGAUGGUCGAGCCGCAAAUUUUAUCUUAUCAAAAAACUGAAAAGCCAACCAUAUCAAUUGUAACAUAUUUUCAAGAGUAUGAGACCCCGAUAGAUUUUCCUGUCGAUGAGGCGAUUGAAUCAGCUCUCAGAGCCUUGGGAUCAAACUCUACUGAACAGUUUUACAGACGACAAAGCUGGGAAAUAAUCCGAUGCUUUCUAGCUGCGUUUAUAAGUUUGGAUGAUGAAAAACAUAUAUUGCUAAAACUUUUUACUCAUGUGGAUUUUGUUGAAAAUAAUAUUAUAAAUUCUUCUACGCUUCAACAUAAAAUCGAGGAUGAAACUGUACGAGGAACGCAUAAAACAGCCCUAAUAGGAAUGUUAGUUGCUUCAGCAACAAAGGAUUUGCGUGAUUCUGUGUGUCCAGUAAUGGCCGCCGUUGUAAGACAUUAUACUAUGGUAGCUAUAGCACAACAGGCGGGACCUUUUCCACAGAAAGCGUAUCAAGCUUCGAAUGGAGUUGAUCCUUUGGUAUUAAUUGAUGCUUUAGCAUCUUGCAUGGGUCAUGAAGAAAAGGAAUUAUGUAAACCCGGAAUAGCAUGCAUGGGUAUUAUUCUUGACACUGCAACAAAUAUUAUGGGUAAUAAAGAAAGAGCGUGCAGAUUACCUAUUAUCCAGUAUUUAGCUGAAAAAAUGAUAUCCCUAUGCUAUGACCGCCCCUGGUAUUCAAAAGUUGGCGGUUGUCAAGCAAUUCAGUUUUUAUGUAAACAUAUGUCUCUGCGGGCUCUUUUUCAAAAUCUCUUUAAUUUUUUAAAAGCAUUCAUGUUUGUCCUAAUGGACCUAGAAGGAGAUGUUUCUAAUGGCGCUAUCGAUAUUACAAAAAACUAUAUGAAAACUAUGUUGGAAAUUUGCUUAAGCCCUAUAAGUGAAUGUUAUAAAAAUGCAGAUUUAAAUGAUUUGCAAUCUAAAGCAUCUUAUGAAGUUAUUCACGAGUUAGUGCGACACAUAACAAGUCCCAACGCAAUCGUCAGAGAAGAAUCUAUGGCAUUAUUAAAACACAUUGGAACCUUGCAAUCAAAAACCGUGUCCGAAGUUAUGGAUCCACAUAAGGAUGUCCUCGCUGACAUAAUACCUCCGAAAAAGCAUUUGUUAAGGCACCAGCCCGCAAAUGCACAAAUAGGAUUAAUGGAUGGCAACACAUUUUGUACAACUUUAGAACCACGUUUAUUUACGAUAGAUUUGACGAAUACCUAUCACAAACUUUUUUUUCACGAGUUGCUUACAUUAAGUGAAGCCGAAGAUGCCACGUUAGCAAAGUUGGACUGCUAUAAAAACGUUCCGAAUCUCAUACCACUUAGGACCAGUGCGUUACGAGCACUAGCAGCAUGUCACUAUAUAAGUGAUAUUGGAUACAAAGAGAAAAUUAUAAAUAUAAUUUUUAAAGUCAUGGAAAAUGAUAAACCAGAACUUCAGGAAACUGCGUACCUCUGCAUGAAGCACUUUAUUACUGGAGUUACACUAGAAAAAGAAAAGGUGUGGGAUCAAACACUAAGGCUGAUGAUGUCUUGCGCUCCAUAGAUAAGUCCUAUUGCGAUACGGUUUUAAAUUUUUUGGUGCGUUUAGCAUGCC